CUGGGCAGUCAGAGGGAAGGAUGCCUAAGCGUGGCAUGGUGUUGCACACUGUGAUCAGUGCAGGCGAGAUCUGACCUGAUUCUGUCACGGCAUAGAGAGAGGAGCAGAGGCCUCUUGGGCUGAUGGAUUACAAGGCUCUGAGCUUGUUGGUCUGCCUGGGCUUUCUGUGGCUGCCCGCGGCUUCGACGCAAGGCAAAGAGCCCUCGCAGGGGCGAUUCAAGGUGGUCUUCACUCCGACCAUCUGCAAGAGGACUUGCAUGAAGGGUCACUGCCAGGACAGCUGCAAGCGGGGUAACACCACCACGCUGAUCAGCGAGAAUGGACAUGCGGCAGACACUCUCACCGGCUCCGGCUUCCGAGUAGUCGUGUGCCCUCUACCCUGCAUGAAUGGCGGGCAGUGCAGCUCCCGCAACCGCUGCCAGUGCCCAACGCAUUUCACCGGCAAGUUUUGUCAGAUCUCCGUCAGCGGCAAGGUCCACCCUCACCAGCCCACCCCAGCCGAGCAGCCGACCGACAAGGCCUCGGAAACCUACAAGCACUCGGUCUUCACGCUCCAGCUCACUCCCGACGAGCACUCCCCGGCCAAGUUCAUCCCAGGCAUUCCGUUUUCAGGUGGGCAACACCACAGGUCGGAAGUGCAGCUCCAGCCAGUCAUAAACCUCCACGUGCGCCACCCUCCGGAAGCCACCGUCCAGAUCCACCGUGUCUCCAGCAUCGACAGCUACCUGAGCGAACAGAAGAUCCUGCAGCCUGUGCAGAAGGUCAACCACCAACCCCCACGGACCCUUCCCACCCAGAAAAAGCUGGGUCGCUGCUUCCAGGAAACGCUGCCAAAGACGUGCAGUAACCCACUCCCAGGUCUGACCAAAGAGGAGGACUGCUGUGGUAGUGUCGGAGCCUCGUGGGGCUUUAGUAACUGCAACAAAUGCCGACACCAGCACUACUUGUCUGACCCGAAGACUGGCUUUGGAGGUGGAAUGGAGUGUCCCCAAGGUUACAAGAGGCUAAACGCCACCCAUUGCCAAGAUAUCAAUGAGUGCCUGAUGCAGGGAGUCUGUCAGAAUGCAGAAUGUCUCAACACGCAAGGGAGUUUCCGCUGCGCCUGCAAGCCUGGCUACGUAAUGGGGCCGUCGCGAACACACUGUGUGGUGACUGAGCAGUCUGGGGAGAAGGGUCCCUGCUACCUGCUGGUGGAUUCGGAGAAGCGGUGUGCGUAUGCCCUGGGUGGAGAGCUGACCAAGCAGAUUUGCUGCUGUUCGGUGGGCAAAGCCUGGGGCACGAACUGUGACCCCUGCCCCAUCUCUGGUACCGCAGAGUUCCACGAGACGUGCCCGGCGGGUAUGGGCUACCACUUCUCCAGCUCCCACCAGAAGAUCAGUAUCCCACCUGGCAGCAGUAUCACGGUCCGGAUAGAUCCUGAUGGCAAGGCUCGGAUAGUCCAGGUGCCGAUCACUGGGCCCACCGCUAUCCCACAGGAACAGAUUGACAAGGACAUCCUGGAAGCAACCACCAUCGCCCUGGUACCUACCUUCAGCCUCACGGAGAAAGUGUUCUCAGCAAGCUUCAUCCCGUUCGGAUCAAGAUUCCCGGUAGAAUUGGAAGCACGACCUACGACCCCAGCUGUUAAACUGCUGCCUCCGGAGCAGUCCAUGGAGUUUGGACCAUCCAAGGUUAUAGAAAUGGACACGUGUAAAGUCGACCGAGGUAUCUGUGGACACGGCGUCUGCGUUUAUGACCCUGCCGGCUACACCUGCGCCUGUCACACUGGGUAUCAGCUCCACCCCCACUUCAAACAGUGCGUAGAUGUCAACGAAUGCGACAACAAUCCGUGUGGGGCCAGGAAAGGCAAGUGUGUGAAUUCCAUUGGCACCUACACCUGCCUCUGUUACCGUGGCUACCAGUUACAGGAGCUUCCAGAAGGCAGUACCUGUGUCGACAUCAACGAGUGCAGCGAGGGGCUGCUGUGCACCAAUGGCCGAUGCGUCAACACCGAGGGCUCCUUCUUCUGUCACUGCCACACGGGCUACCGACUGGUCAGUCACCAGACUGCCUGCGAAGAUAUCAAUGAGUGCCUCAAUCCCAGCACCUGCCCACGGGGAAAGUGCAAGAACAAGCCAGGCACAUACGAGUGCGUUCCCUGUCCGGAGGGAUAUCGGAGUCAGGCUGGCGAAUGCUUUGAUAUUGACGAGUGCCUGGACAGGUCCUUCUGCUUAAACGGGAAGUGCCAGAACACCAAGGGCUCAUACAGUUGCACCUGCAACAAGGGCUUUAAACCCUUGCCUGACAAAAAGGGCUGCCAAGAUAUCAAUGAGUGCAAUGAGGGACGGCUGUGUGCCAAUGGUCGUUGCUUGAACACAGAGGGGUCUUUCCAGUGUCGCUGUCACCCUGGCUAUCGCUUGUCUAGCCAGCAAACCUCUUGUGAAGACAUCAAUGAGUGCCUGGAGCUGGCCCAUGCCUGUCUCAACGGGGAGUGUGUCAACACGCCAGGAUCUUACACUUGCCAGUGUCAGCCGGGGUACCAACUGGUGGAUGGCACAAAGUGUAAAGACAUCAACGAGUGUGCCCUGAACCGCUCUCUGUGCGGACCAAAUGGCACCUGCAAGAACGUGGAGGGCUCUUACACCUGCGUCUGCGACACGGGCUUCAUUUUGUCCCCGGAUGGCUCCACUUGUGAAGAACCCGAGAGGCCCGAAGGCAAGAAGGAGUGUUACCUCAGCCUCGACGACCCGAUUUUCUGUGACAGCGUCCUGGCGACCAACAUCACCAAGGAGGAGUGCUGCUGCUCGCUGGGGGCCGGUUGGGGGGAUCUCUGUGAGAUCUACCCCUGCCCCGUGCACAGUACAGCUGAGUUUCACUCUCUAUGUCCGGACGGGAAGGGGUACUUGGUGAACAAUGACAAUCUCUUCAGCGUCGGCCUGCCAACUUACAGAGACAUUGAUGAAUGUACGCUGUUUGGGCAAGAGAUCUGCAAAGAGGGGUUCUGCAUGAACACACAGCCCGGCUUCGAGUGCUACUGCAAGCAAGGCUACUACUACGACGGGUCACUGCUUCAGUGUCUGGACGUGGAUGAGUGCCAGGACAUCCAGAGCUGCCCCAAUGCCAGGUGCAUCAACACCAAAGGGUCCUUCACCUGUGCCUGCCUGCCACCGAUGACCUUCGAUACGGUGAAGAGACGUUGUGUGCAGCCCAUGGUCCUCAAUGACCGACCGGAGAUGGAACGAGACCUCUGCUGGAAGCAUGUCAACAACGACUUCACGUGCAGCCACCCCAUACUGGGGUAUCACACCACCUUCUCGGAGUGCUGCUGUCAACACGGCCAGGCCUGGGGGCUGGACUGCCACAUCUGCCCUCCCAGAAUGUCAGCCAACUUCCCCCACUUGUGCAAUGCCACUCGGUGGGUUCCACUGCGUCCAGGACGACGGGCAGAUCGGAGCAGGAGAGAGCAGAUAAAUACAUCACAGAGCAGUGACGAUAACAGUUCCUACGACGACUCCGAUGAGUGUUCCUGCAGGCAUGGGCGUUGUGUGCGAGGACGGAGGUGUGACUGCUAUAAAGGCUUCCAGUUGGACAGCAGCGGAAAGUGUCGAGAUAUCAACGAAUGUCGUGAACGGCAUCACAAGGGAUCCCUCUGCAAGAACGCAAGGUGCGUGAAUACCCUGGGCUCGUACCGGUGUGUCUGCUUCCAAGGCUUUGUGCCAGAACGACGCCAUGGAAGAUGCAUACGGUGGAAGAUGAGCUAGACC